AUGCAUGGCGAGAUGCUUACAGAGGACAUUGAUUCAGCUUUACGAGCCGUCAAGAAGAACGUGAAGGCAGUGCACGAAAUCAACUGCGUCUCUUACGAGCUCGCACCCUCCGAGUUUCAGGGAUUCUGGAAGCAGCGAUUGAGGUGGGCCCAAGGUUGGGCACAGGCUAGUUUGGUGCAUAUGCCAAUGGUGAGUGCAGCCAAGGUGUGGGACAAGCCCGAACAGGGUACUCGGAGCUUUACGAAGCGCUUCGGUGUCUUCUCACUACUGGCGGUACGAGAGCUAUCCUACUACCUUAUCACGCAGUUUGGUUCUUCAUCAUCAGGUCAGUAUCCAGCAUACCUCAGUCAUAGAAUAUUCCUAACUUGCCCAAGUCUCGUCUGCCUAAUUGGUACAUUAGUCAUAACCUGGCGUGUGCGCUCCGAAUUCGUCAGUGCCUGGAUGAUGAUCGUCUUUUCAGCCUUCUACCCUUUCUAUCUAGUCCUCAUGGGUAUGAUCGGCAUCUAUGGGCAUGCGCGUCAGGUCGUUGCUUAUAACAACUGGAAUCCUACGGCUAGGAAGUAG